GUUUCCGCUGUUUCUUUCUUUACUCUGCCGGGGCGUGUGCUUUUAUUAUUAUUUUUAUUUUCCCCUUCCACCAUGACCUGCUUGCCUUCAUCGUGCGAUUUGCUGCUCGUGAUAUUAGCAAAUCCGAAGCCCCCACCACUUUCGUUGUGGCCUUUGUCUUAAGUUUUCCUUCUCUGCCCUUGAACUCCCUUCCUUGCAGCUCCAUCACUUCGGUCAAACCUGGUUGCGGCGCGCUGGUCUACUCCGUUCGUUCCGCUACUCUCUCACUCCACAAUGCGCGACAUUGCUAUUUCGGUCUCCUUCUCUCUCUCUCUUUUGUGUGGAGUUAGCGGAUGUAGCCAGCCAGAGAGGUGGAAGUAUGUAAGCGUGGCAAAUGAUGAAUGCGGGAGGGUAGUCUUUGUGUAAGGUGGAGGAGGACGUGAUGCCGAUAGAGUGGUGCUGUACUAGGAUGGGGUUGGUGCUUCGAUUGGUUGAACUUGCCGUUGGUUUUUUGGUGUUUCUUCACUAGAUUUGGAUGAGGGGUGCACAGGUUUGUAAUUGUGCGCCGCGAGUGUGGCGUAUAAUCCAAGACGUGGGUCGAGAUGUUCGAGGUUCUUUGUAGAGGAUGUGAUGGGUCUGUGUUCGGACUGGAUCAUUGUUUACGCUGAGGUAUCCGAAUUGAUGAAGAGAAUACUUUGUGCCGGUUGAUCGCACUUCACGAAAUUAGACUGGGUGCUGAUUAACUUGACAAUGUGAAUAAGUGGUUAAUCUACCCGCUGAUUUUCUACAGUCCCUGUGUCGAAAGCUGCUCGCCUGCCGAGAGUAAGCAGUGAUAGAGUAUACCGAGGUCACUUAAUGUUUUGGUGAUGGGGUGUGGGUGCGGAAAAGUGUUUACCUUGAAGAAUGCAGUGAUGUUGUUGGUAGAUUACGAAUUGAGUGACUCGUUAAGAUCGCCGAACUAAGUCUCCGAAGCCUUGCAUCAUUCAAUUCUACGAUGCUGAGCUGUACGUUUCGCGGGCUCUUUCCUCCGUUUCUACAAGCUCCUCAGUCGAACUUGACAGGUUGAAGCAUUGCAGUGUUCAAGAGAUGUUCGUCCAGAGCAGGCUCUCGAGAUUGGAUGCGCGAAUUUGGACUCCGUGUCGAUCAUUGCGUAGUAUCACAAAGUACAGAUUGCAAAGUUACUUGGUCAUGGGACGGUUGUAGGAAAUUUAAAUUUCUGACCAGCUUUCUUAGCUGCCAGGAUAAGCGAAUGAUAAUUUCCAGGACUAAACCAGCUUUUGCUAGGAUCUACUAGAGGGCUAUGACAGGGAUCCUUCAGAUAUUCGACCGUUAUAAGACGAAGCCGUACGCUAAGAAUGAAAGCAGAAGGAGCAAAACCGGGGAGUCCGUGAUUAAAACAGUGCCAAAACACUACUUGGUUGAGGGAGAUGCUGUGGUAAGAAGAGCACCUUCUGAUCAGGCAUGGUCAGAAGUUUCACGGGACUCUCAUUGGUCCUCCUCUGCCGACAUCACCGAGGUCAUGGUUAAGACUUCGGCGUCCUCAAACGGACCUUAUAACGUGCAGAAAUCUGAUCCAACUGCUCGUCCAUCUAUUGACUUUCCAAAGCCAAGAUUCUCCACUCAAAUUCCCUGCCCACCUGGUGCCAUGCAGGAUGACGGUUUUGGUUUCAAGGAAUCGUCUAAAAACCCCGAGAGCUACACAUCCGACGCUGGAGUGCUGAAGUUCUCUAUGCCGUCCAGUAGCUCUGUGAGUCACAGAAGCAAAGUUAGACUUAAGCCCCCAUCUCGGGACUUGCGGAAUGCAUCUAAAUCCUCAGCUCAUUUGGAUGCUUUGAGGACGACGAUGGAGACGAUUGCGCAUCUCGAUGAUGCCAGUGACAUUUCUCGCGCGGUUUCGCAGACGUGGGAGCUAGUUCGUCCAUCGUUUAAUGCCACAGAGCGUCUCCGACAUGCGCCUCCUGAUACGAGGAGAGACUCGCAACGGUACCAUCGCUCUGGUGACGAGCGGGAAGGUGCCAGGUACCAUAGGGAUGGUCACCAUUACCAAUCUUCUGGUGAUGAGAAGGAUAGUCAUCAGCGUAUGUCAGCGAAUGAUUCCAAAGAGGCUCAGAAGUACUCCUUAGUUACUGCGGGUUAUAGGGAGCAAGUAUUUGACGAUGUAAUGGACCACCAUAGACCCGAGUUCCCCUCUGAGGCAAAAGAAUUCUUACAUUCAUGGCAUGUUAACGAAGGGUGCAAGGAUCAAGCAUCAAAUCUUGUGAAGGAACCUGUCAUAUAUACGUCUUCUGGUAAUGAAAUGGAUAAUCGGGGAACGACCAUCUUAUUUGGGAGUGGACGGAGAGUUCGAAAGUUGCACGAAUACAAUGUACGCAGGGAUAGUCGUAGACAUCGUUCCUCUCCUGACCCAGAAAGUAACAGAAGCUAUUGGCCUGUCGAUACCAGGGAUAUCCAGAGACAUCAGUCUGCAAGUGACUCUUGCAAGGCAUCGACUGGUGACGAGAAAUUUGUGCAGAGACCCUUCUCUUCUACUCGAAGACGUCGUUCUCUUACAUUAGCUAAUGAAAAGGGGCACAAAUAUUCACCAUCAAAUGAAAGAGGCGAAGGACGAAGACAACAUGCUCACGAUGCUGGGAGAGAAAGUCAAUGUAUGCACUCUUCUGGACACAACAGGGGUGGCCGUAGAUCCACGGCUUCGAAGGACACUUGUCGUGACCGUUCUUCCGCGAACAGUUCAGGUUACAAGCAUCAGUCUGGAGCAGACCCAAAUGAGCACCAAAAGUACCAGUCUGCUGGAGAAGUGAAAUCUGGAUAUAAGAAACAUAUGCCCACUGCCAGGGGCUCCAAUUAUCAACCUCGUACUGGUGUAUUUACAGGUCGCCGUUACCCGUCCUCAGGUGUUUGUAAUGAAGCUCACAGGAUAUUUGCGUCCGCUAGAGAGAGAGAAGAUUUUGAAGGGCACGAUCCUUCUGUUCGUACCUUCAACGGUUGGAGGAAUGAGUCUUCCGAUGAAGACAGGGAGGUGUUUCUGCAGCACAUCCACCCUAUUGCUCGGGAUGACCUUAGAAGUUAUUCAUCUAUUGCAGAUGCACACAGGAGGUUAUCACUAGGCAAUUAUGACAGGCAUAAGAGAUACAGUUCCUCAAAUGACGAGAGGCGGCGAGACAGGAGUCGGUCAUCUGUCAAACAUGGUCGUAAACUUGAGUCUACCCUUGACUCAGGGGGAGCUUCUGGAGAGUAUGGACACCUUCGUCCCAUUGAUAGAGCCGUAGAAUGGGUCGCUGGUGAAGCCAAUGUUGCUCGUAGUCUCCUGGUACCUGUUGCAAUGAAGGAGGUACGUAGAAGAAGCUCUUCUGUAGAUUCGAGAGGAGAGCGUCGACAUCGAGACUCAAACUCAUCUGUAGCAUUUCUGGAGCCUGCCAAGUUCCGGUUGUCUGUCGAUAAUGGGAUGUCAAAUUCUAAAGACGAAGAAUUUUCUUCUGGCUUCAGCAGGGAUCUGCCACCCAGGUCUUCUGCUAGGGAUCUGCCUCCCAGGUCACCGAGGGAUCUAGUCGACAGUAGAGACUUAAGGAGAUUGAACGUGCAGGUUAAGGAAAAUUCUCAUUCGUCUUUUCUUAGAGAUAGCUACCAUGGGGAGCUCGGUAAGUCUGCAAUGUUCCCUGAGCAAUCCCAACUAUCUUCUGGGAGUGUCACAGGUUCUCACGAUUUCAGGGAGAUUCUUAGAGCUUUAGACUUUAAGGACUCCCUGUGGGGUGCUGAGAAGUUGCGGGACGUGUCGUCACGGAAUUCCACUGAUGGUAGAGAUCCACCUCGCACAUCGAACGUAUCUCGGGUUUCUGUUGACAGUCGCCAGUACCAAUCAAGUACACCCCGUCUCUCUGUGGACGGUAGGGAGCAUUUGCGUGCUAGUAGUCUUCAUUCUUCGAGGGCAACUUCAGUGGAUGCACAGGUUCAGCACAGAACUAACUCGAUGGAUAGUAGUGCGUCAGGAGAGUUUAAUAGGCGAGGGCCUGGUGUGAUUGCUCGGCUGAUGGGCGUAGCGGAACUUCCAGUCAAAGGUACUCCACUUUCAGGUUCAGAUAAGGCUCAGAUUCGGGAAGGAAAGUCUUUGCAGAAGUUGCUUAAUAAAACUCCCUCAUCCGAAGCCACUUCUCCGCCCACAGAUCGGGGCAGAUUACAGCUUCAUCUCACUGAGGUGGCUCAACAGAUGAAGCAAGUCGCAGCUCGACUUCACCAAGACUCACAACUUCGCCAGAAAUCUAUGCAAGCCUCGCUAUGGAUACGUCCCAAGAGGAAGUCGAAAACCAAAUCGAAGAUGCAGUCACGGUCGAGGUCUCCGCCACCCGCCCCUGCUCCAGCACAUGAAGCGGACACACAGAGUUUGAACCAGCAUCAGGGCAAUGGUAUCUUUGGACGUCAGGCAGACCCUGGAAGUCCCCUACCCCGGCAACCCAUGUCACCUAAACACCACCAAAUGGAAGGAAUGCCCAAAGUAUUCAACAAACGACCUCAGGAAUUUCUCUCUGGAGAUUUUGACCAUAGACUGCAUCAGCUCCGCAUUAAGAACUCGAUUCAGGAGCAUAGAACCCUUAAGCAGAUUCUGGAAGCCAUGCAUCUGAAGGGAUUGCUUCAUCCGCCUCAGAGGAAGCCUCCUAAAUCACCUAGGGAAGUACUUCACGGGCAAGGGUAUUUAAGAGAGGAAGAACAGCGACCGUUGCAAAAUUUUACUUCCUCAAGAUUGAGCGAGGUGGCAAGAACAAAUCGCAAGGAUUUCCAGGAGCAGUUGACUUUCGAAGACCUAAUUCGGAUCGAUUCCCACGGACAGGAAGAACCAACACUUGACAAUGAUCAUUCAGGAGAAGCUUCAAUUGUAUUGAUGAAGCCUGUAAAUUACCGUUCCAGCAGGCUUAAUACCCUCCCCGCUGCAAUUAAAGAAGUUGAUUCCAACUCUGAAAUAUCGGGUCUUGCUGCAUUUGAGAAAGAUAAUAUUGAAAUCGGUGACAGGGGAAGGGGAUCAGAGCGGCGGACUGGCAGCAGUGGUAGAGAAUCCAGGUCUCAUUCUCUUGAGUCUCUUAAUCAAAGAUCUGCUGAUAAGGAGCAGGUUGAAGAUCUAAGUUUUGCCAAUGUAAUGUUCUCUUGGAGAGAACGCAUAGCAGCAGAUGCAGCUAAAAAAGCAACGAUGGAGCUGGCAGAAACUAAAUCACAAACUUUCUCUAAGAGUACACCAGGAAAACAUCGGUCUCGAGAAGUGAGCCCCUUACAAUACGAAACCAGAGAUUCAAACUCAAUAGAGAAAAGGGCUGGGAGUAGGAGUCCAAAGGUUGAGGGAAGUCUUGAGGAAUCUAUUUUCACUAAUAGACAGGAGUAUAAUGUAGCGCAGGAGAAUGGUGAUCACGAAGAAGACAGGUUUAAAAUGGUUGGCUGCAGAAAAUCUGAUCAUCAGCUCUCUGCUUCGACUGCUGAAGCAUUGGCUGCUAUGGAUGCCUCCUCUGAUAGCGUCCCAGCUCAAGCUUCAGUUCUUCGACACAAGUUGACAUCAGGAAAAUCGAGUCGCAGAAAGGAUAAACUUAAGGCUUUACAUCGUGAAGAUCUCCAUAUAAAACCAUCCCCGUCGCCUUCCAUAAGCAACCUUGAGACUAGCUACAUGACAGGAAAGCCUGAUCAUAGCUCCCAUCUUGAUCUCAAUGUCCCUCAGGUAAUUAACCCAAUUUCGGAUUCGAAAGCUCCAGGAGAAUCUUUGGAGACUCCAGAGGUUAAUUCAAGAAUAAUGCCAAAGAAAAGGAAAACUGCAGAGUCUGUAAUCGUGAUUGUAGAGAAGUCUCAACUUCCUCCAGGUGUUGCUUCGAAAUUUGAGGUGAAGGAUUCAUCUCAUGAUGAGGGGGAUGACAGUACCCUCGUUGAGAAAAGUAAGAUGUCUCAAGAUGUCUCUUUUGCAGGUCCCGAACCAGAAGACGCAAAAGAUGAUAAGAUGGAAGAUCCUUUUAGUGAUGGGGUAGAAGUGCGUACCCCCGAAGGCUUUUCUUCCGGAAGAGAAAAAUGCCUUUCCGGAGAUGGCUCUUUUAUCCUCCAGGGGACUGACUUUUAUCCAAGUCCAGUAUCAGUUCUUGAUAGUCCAAUGUAUCAAGAAGAAUUUCAGCUGGAGGAGUUGAUUGCAAGUCCCGGCUCUGUCAAAUCAAGUAUGGCCAAACAUGCAGAUGUCGGGGACAUCCCCCAAUAUGAUGCAGUAGGAGUAGAAUGUGAAAACGAACCAGAGAUUCUAACUUCCCGUUCUCGAGCAAGCAAGGAAAUAUCUGAUCCCCUCAGAGACAUAUACACUAAAUUGGCCUCAACUCUUGAAUUGAGUGAGAGAGAAAUUUGUCGAGGUCAAUUAGAUGCAGAUCCUCAGAUUCUAUUCGCGGUAGGUACUAAUAAGAAAAAUGGAAAUGCAACCGAGGUAAUAUCUGGUGAUCGAAGCAAGGGAAAACUAUUUGUGCAGAGCAUAUUAAUAGAGUCGGGUUUAACCCAGGAAGACUCUCGCUUUACUGAGGGCGCAUCCGAAAUUAUGCAUUUUGGGGUAUUCACUACUACGGAAGAGAAGUUGCAGACGAAGGAGUUGCAGUCAAUAGACAGGGGGGAACUAGAGAAAAGUGAGGAACUCAGAUACAAAGAAAGUCUUGAUCGUAGAUUAAUAUUCGACUGCAUGAAUGAGAUCUUAGAGAGGAAGAUGAAGCCUUACCUCAAUCCGCAGCCAUGGGGUAUCCCUGUUGUACGAAGGAAGCCUAGUGGCCAGCGUCUCAUCGAUGAAGUCUGGGAUGAAUUGAAAGACUUGCAUUGGCCAACUACUGCUGACUACGACACUCUCUACGCAGUUCUUCAGAAAGAUUUUAUGCGGAAGGGAUUCCAGUGUCUGGAGUUUAGUGUUGAAGUAGUCGACGUGGGGUGUGAGCUCGAGAGAAUAGUUCUUCAGGAACUGGUCGAGGAAGUUGUGCAAGAUUUAAUCUCUUUGGAAACAAAACCUGUGAAAGAACUCUGUGAACAACUACCAGCGUGUCCUUCAACCCUACGAAGCCCCAACGUGCUUGCAGUAUGUCCCUCGCCUCUGUCGCCUCCAGACAGUCCCUCUUCUCCUCCAACGCCCUUACGUCCUGCCUCACCUGGAGCUCCAUCAGAGGCUCCCUCAGAAUUGUCACAAGCUCCAUCCGAAGUGUCAGCCGUGUCGCCUGACGACUCCGAACGCAGACGUCGGGAGCUCCUAGACAAGACCAGAAGAGAUCUACUUGCCUGGCAUGUACAAUAUCAACAACUGUAGCUUAAGAAAACCGCAGACCAGGGACGGCGAAGUUCUUUGUAUUAUUCUUCCCACAUCAGUCAGCCUCCUUGUAUUAGAGUUCAGAACUUCAUAUAAGUCCGACUCAGCAACAGCCAAAAUCUCUCAAUUUAUCUCUAUUCUUUCGUCGGUCUCAAAGGAGUUCGACAGAGGAUGUUUUCAAUAUUUUUGAUAGAGAUUGUGUAAAUCACUUCCGUGUCUCCAAAUGCCUUGAGCCGAAUGUACUGUCAGCAUUCUUACUUA